CUGUACCUGGUCACAAUCGGGGUCAUCAUGUUGCGCUGCUACGUUCGCUGCCGAGUCAUCAAAUCAUUUGGCAACGAUGACUGGGCAAUGCUCGGUGCAGGAGUAUGUGCAACGGCAUGUUUUGUAUGUUAUAUGGUCCAGAUCUCGCUGGGUUUAGGCAAUCGCCUCGAGUUUUUGGAAGCAAAUGCAGCGAGCUAUCGUGAACUGCUCAAGGCUCGCCUUCUUCACCAGGUGUGGGUGGUGGUGGGGCUUGCGCUGGUGAAAGUGUCAAUUUGCCUGUUUUUGCUGCGCCUGGUGAUGAAGAAGUUGUACAUCCAGUUUCUCUGGGGCAUCAUUGUGUUUAUGUUUGCUUUUACGAUUGCCAGUGUACUGACACUAGUUCUCCAGUGCGCCCCCAUCGCAGCCGCGUGGAAUUAUGCCUUACGUCCGCCGCCCAUUGGAGUAGGCAAUGCAAAGUGCUAUAGUCUUGAGGUCUUCACUAAGAUUGGGCUCUUUAAUGGAGUGAUCCACAUCGCUACGGAUAUUCUACUUGCCAUCUUGCCGACCCCUCUUAUUUGGAGCCUUCAGAUGGACACACGCGCCCGUGUCUCGCUAAUAGCGAUCCUCUCCGUUGGCAUCUUUGCGGCAAUCGCUGGUAUAAUAAGACAAAUCAACGUUGGUCCGCUUGAUGAGCACGAUACCUACUCGAUCUGGAACUUCAUUGAGCUGCACCUAGGCAUCAUUGCCGCUUCGUUACCGGCUCUCAAACCGCUU